CGGGCGCGCGCCUAGCUGGUUCGGUUCGGGGGGGCCGGUCUGAGGGUUUGUUCUGAGCACACGAGGUGGUUGCUGCCAAAAGCCGGAAGAACCCUAAGAAGCCCCGUUCCCAGCUUCCGUGGAAGCGUCCGAGCUGGCGGCGCUGGGCCCCGGAUCGCGGUCACCCGCCACCUGCGGCUGCCCCUGCGGGGGAGGCCAUUCGCCGGCCCGCUCGGCGCCUGAUGUCGUCUGCCGGCUCGCGUUCUCUCGCGGGCUGGAAGACGGGUCCGAAGGCUCGGCCCCCGUACCCCGCCCGCUGCCUUUGUCGGAGCAGGCGCCGGGCCCGACCGUGUCCUGCUUGGCCGUCGUCGGCAAGCGUUCCCGCUGGAAUUCCCCCGGGGCGGGCGUCCCCCAGCAGCGCGUUCGCCUGGUGCCCCGAGGGCUCAGGGAAGAGGCCGCGCCACCGACGGGUACUGACGUCCUCAGCGAGUCGACGGCGGCCGACUGUCCGAGAGCCGAAGAGAGCGGAAAACGGAGUUAGGCAGAGGGUGCCAGAACACGCAGAGGGGGAGCGGCGCGUCCCAGAGCCCAGGAAGCUGUUUGAGGGGACGUAGGAAAAGGAAGAAAAGACGUACCUUAGGUCUAGCGCCAGCGGGAUGAUCCUGGGAUCUUUCAGGGACAGUCCCGCUGCAGUGCUGGGGCGGAGGAAGAAUAAAGAAGCGGACACUUGGAGGUGACUCGACGUCUGGCUGUGGAGAAGGAGGUGUGGGAGCUGGAAGACGGUGUGCGGCUGAGGCCCCACCAUGUCCGAGCCCCAGAGCCCAGAACCGGCCCUCAGUAUACAGGGAGACUCCCCCACGGGCACGAAGGAUGAGGACGCUGCUGACGGGAUCCAGCACUCACACCGCAUGCUCAGCUUCAGUGAUGCACUCCUGUCCAUCAUUGCCACUGUGAUGAUCCUGCCUGUGACCCACACGGAGAUCUCCCCAGAACAGUUUGACAGAAGUAUACAGAAACUUCUAGCAACCAGGAUUGCUGUUUAUCUGAUGACCUUUCUCAUCGUGACUGUGGCCUGGGCAGCACACACAAGACUGUUCCAGGUUGUUGGGAAAAUAGACGACACGCUUGCCUUGCUCAACCUGGCCUGCAUGAUGACCAUCACCUUCCUACCAUUCACCUUUUCCUUAAUGGUGACCUUCCCCGAGGUGCCUCUGGGCAUCUUCUUGUUCUGUAUGUGCGUGAUCGCCAUCGGGGCCGUGCAGGCGCUGGUCGUCGUGUAUGCCUUCCACUUCCCCCACCUCCUGCACCCCCAGAUAGAGCGCUCCAUCCACAGGGCCCUCUACCGGCAGCAUAUCCUGGGCAUCGUCCUCAGGGGCCCGGUGCUGUGCUUCAUGGCCGCCGGCUUCUCCCUGUUCUUCUACCCUUUGUCGUACCUGCUGAUGGCAACGGUCAUCUUCCUUCCCUACGUCAGCAAGGCCGCCAGCUGGUGCAAGGGCAGGCUUGUGGGCCCCCAAGAGCCCCCAGCUCACAGCGUGGAACCCUUCACUUUUGACCUGCAUGAACCUCUCAGCAAGGAGCGGGUGGAGGCCUUCAGCGACGGGGUCUACGCCAUUGUCGCCACACUCCUCAUUCUGGACAUCUGCGAGGACAACGUCCCGGACUCCAAGGACGUCAAGGAGAAGUUCCACGGCAGCCUGGUGGCAGCGCUGAGCGAGUAUGGGCCGCACUUCCUGGCCUACUUCGGCUCCUUCGCCACCGUGGGCCUGCUUUGGUUUGCCCACCACUCGCUCUUCCUGCACAUCCGCAAGACCACGCAGUCCAUGGGGCUGCUCAACACGCUCUCACUGGCCUUCGUGGGCGGCCUCCCUCUGGCCUACCAGCAGACCUCGGCCUUCGCCCAGCAGCCCCACCAGGAGCUCGAGAGCGUGCGCGUCAGCUGUGCCAUCAUCUUCUUCGCCAGCAUCUUCCAGUUUGCCAUCUGGACCACGGCCCUGCUGCACGAGGGGGAGACGCUGCAGCCCUCAGCACGCUUCGGGGGCCACGAGCACGCGUUCAUGUUUGCCAAGCUCGCGCUGUACCCCUGCGUCAGCCUGCUGGCCUUCGCCUCCACCUGCUUCCUGAGCCGGUUCAGCGCGGCCAUCUUCCACCUCACCCAGAUCACGGUGCCCUUCGCCUUCCUGCUGCUUCGCCUCCUCGUACGCCUGGCCCUGGCCCCCCUGCGUGCCCUGCGGGGCCUCAGCCUGCCAGCACACCGGAGCGAGGACGACGCACGCGCCCCGCUCCUGCCUUCUGCCCACUAGCUCCGGGUGCCCGCCUGCCCUGGCCCGCCCCGGCCCGCCCCAGCCCGUUUGGUUCUUAUUUCCAUCGUUCUGCUCUAGAGCCCUAGCGAGGGUUUCUGCUUCUGCAGACAGUGCGACAGGAGCCUGGCGUCUGCGUGUCCGUCUCUGUCCUGGGCCCACAUUCUCUAUCUUCGUGAAGCCGAGCCGCGCGGGUGCUCGAGCUCCCGCUGGGAGCCCACGGCGUCAGCCCUGAGCGGGGCAUGGGUCCCCAGGCACAGAGGAGAUGGCAGGCCAGCAAUGCCCACACUGUAUUUGUCCUGGACAUAAAUUAGGCUUACAUUCAGGUAGUGACAAGGUACAUAAAGGCCUGGGUGCCAAGCCCACACUGCCCCCUCUGGGCACACAGACUCACUUAAAUACAGGAUAGACAGCUACAGGCCAGAACCAGCGCCAAGGCCUGCAAAGCAAACACUAAUUGCACCACCAGGGACAUCACGGUGGACACACACUUGUGUGCUGAGGGCACAGGAUAGGAGUGUCCCGUCACAAAUGGCCACAACAGUGCAUUUGUGCAGUUUGGGCAGAAGCUUGGGGGACACGGGGCUGGCAGGGCGGAGCCUGGCCAGACGGCACCGACAGCAAAGAGCCAGGACAAGUGGAGAGACGUGGUUCCUGGGCCUCGCUGGGGGGCUCUGGAGACUCCCCAGACCGACCAGGGGCCUGUCUGAGCUCAGUGUGGUGGGGGCCUGGGCGUCUGGUCAGCCCGACAGGUGCUGGGAAUGGGCAUGCUGAUUGUUCACAAACAGGUGAUUAAAGCUGGCUCCUCCCCACGUCA